GAUGAUGCUAAAAAAUUUCUUAAUGAUUAUGGGUUGGAGAAAGGAUUUAGUAUUCAUAGGAAAUGUACUGAUACUUCAGUAGAAGGAGAUCAACAUAAUCAUCUAAUGGUACCUUCGCCUACAACUACUAUUGAAAAAUAUCGCAAACUUAAUAAUAAUAUGAUUCAAUUUAUUGAAUUUUGUGUAAAACAUGGGAUGAUAAACACGAAAAAUCAUUUAAUGACAAUAGUUAAAUUUGAUGCAUCUGAUCUUAUGCGACAUUUAUAUUCAAAACGUGCUGAAGAUCCUCAAUGGUUUAUAGAAGCUAAAUUUAAUGGACUGACCGAAUGGCAAUUAUAUGGAUUAUUGUGGUUAUUACCUGAACAAUAA